AUAUCAGGCUUGCAGAAUCAUAGGGGCAGACUUUCAGAGUAGGAGAGUGGACAUUAAUAUUUAAUUUUCCUGAUUUCCAUAUAACUCUGAUAUACUUUAUGGCUUCAAGAAAACUGUGGAAGUAUUAUCAGAAACUCAAGUGACCUAACUGAUACAUUCACAGACGCGAUAGAGAGCUGACUUAGGAUCAUCCAUCUCAGGUGUGAUGGGAUCUAUACAAAUAAUUUUUGCUGCAUACUGUGUUGUCUUGUGCGUCCUCCAGAUGUUAGUACUGAGUUCAGAGCAGUUCACAAUUACUGGCUUAGAGAGGCCAGUCCUUGCCCCAUUAGGUGGAAUCCUUGAACUCAGUUGUCAGUUGUCCCCACCACAAAAUGCACAACAAAUGGAGAUUCGCUGGUUCCGGAAUCGCUAUACAGAACCUGUGUACCUGUACAGGAAUGGUAAAGACCUGCAUGGAGAAACUAUCUCCAAGUAUGUGGAGCGGACAGAACUCCUAAAACAUGACAUUGGAAAAGGGAAAGUGACCCUCAGGGUCUUUAAAGUGACAGUUGAUGAUGAUGGAUCAUACCAUUGUGUCUUCAAAGAUGGUAUAUUCUAUGAAGAGCAUAUCACAGAGGUCAAGGUCACUGCCACAAGCUCAGAUAUAAAGAUUAUAAUGCAUCCCCCGAAUAUUAAAGGUGUGAUGCUUGAGUGUCAUUCAAGAGGUUGGUUCCCUCAGCCUCAUAUGGAAUGGAGAGAUAGCAAUGGACAGGUCAUUCCAGCUACAUCAAAAUCCCAGUCACAGGAUGAAAACAAAUUGUUCAACAUGACAAUGAACCUUUUUGCUGAUGUUGGCCUACACCAGAUUGUCACUUGCUACAUUCAAAACCUUUUAACUCAUCAAGAAGAAAGCAUAAGUAUUGUCCUAACAGGUGAUCUUUUUUCAUGGAAAAUUGAUUGGAUAUUGAUUUUGAGUAUAAUAGCAUGUGUGAUGAUACCCUACUCCAUGACUUCCUAUCUUCAACAACAUCUCAUACAUGGUAGCUGCUCUCAGAGAUCACAUCAUUGGAGAAAGAAUGCAAUGGUAUGCAUGAGUUCAGUGAUUGCAAUUAUAGGAUCCAUGCUUAUUUUGCAUCUAAAACAAAGAGUCCCAAUUUCAGAUCAACAUUUUGAAUUGGAUACUUUAUACUUGGAAGAUAUUAGUGUGAUCCUGUGUGUGGUGAUUGUGUUUAACCUCAAGCUCAAUUUACUUACUUACUACAGAUUGGAACGUAAAUAUGAUGGAUGUACACCUGGAUGCAAAGCAUGCUUCUAUAUAUUAAAAAUAAUAAUAAUAAUAUUGCCAUUCGUGUUUACCUUUGGGUGCUAUAAUGCAAUCUUUUUAAAAUAUCAUCAAUUACAGAAAAAAGUUUCUAUUCCAGAUCCCUUAUAUUACUUCUACACUAGCUGGCUUGUGAAUAUGGAAAUGCUGGGAGUAUUUCUGGUCUUCUUUCCUACUUUUAUAAACUUAAUAGAAUUUUCGCAAUUCAUAAAAACUGUUCCAAAGCCCAUAUGGUUAUGCCAAGAGAAUAUGAGAGAAGAUGAUGCAAUAAGACACAGAUAAACAUUAAUUUGAACUGGAGAAUCCUGCAAAAGAUGGAGCAGAAGAAUUGUAGUAGCCAGAGGAGUGGAGGACACCAUGAGAACAUGGGUCACAGAAUCAACUAAGCAGGGCUCAUAGGGGAUUAUAAAGACUGAAGUGAAAAUUACAAGCCUAUACGGGUCUAUGGUUGGUUUUCAGCAUAUAUGUAUUGUUUAUUUAACUUGUUUUUUUUUUUUUAAUGGGACUCCUAACCCUAAAAGUGCACUUAUGUGAGGAAAUGGGGACUCUUUUGCCUGCUCUUGAAAUCCUUUUUCUCCCAUUGUAUUGCUUUUGCCAACUUCAGUAGGAGGGUUUGUGCCCAGUGUUAUUGUAACUUAUUAUGCUUGGUGUGUUUGGUAGAUAUCCCUGGGAGGCCUGUUUGUUUCUGAAGAGUUAGUUGCAGAGGAGAGAUAAAUGGGUUAGAUUGGGAGUAGUAGAGUAAGGGGAAACUGGUCAGGAGUAUUGUAUGAGAGAAGAAUGAAUGUAAAAAUCUUACAUUGUGCUUACACUAAAUAUGUGAGGACAUUAUUUUCUUGUCAAUAUAAAAAUUAAUAACUGAAACAAGAAAGAGGGUAGAGAAUAAAAAUCUAUAGAAUACUAAGCAGAGAACAUAAAGCAUGCUACCUCCACUAAAGGAUCACAGAUUAUUUAGAAAGAGGAGAGAAAUGAGUACAAAAGCCAGAAACAAGAGAUAAUUACAAGGAAAUAAUACUUUUUGGAUACACAAGGGUAGCUACACAUAUGAACUCACAAUGGUUUGUACACCAUGAAUAAGACUUGUCCAACUCUAAGUCAGAUGAAAUCUUGGCAAUCAGAGAAGAGUUUAGCAUGAGUUCUCAUCCCUGGCAUAAAAGUUAUUGACUGGUGUUAGGUGUUUGGAAAGGAAGGUUAGUUUUUUUGUUGUUGUUUUGAUUUUUUAAUAUAAUAGCUGCCAAUAAGUUGCUCAUGCUGGAGUGGAUGGCCACACAACAAACAUAUUUUGGAAGCACAAAUUGUCCUGAAUGAAAAGCCAAAAGACACAAAUUUAGGUGGUUAAGGAUAAAGAGAUGGAUCUGUAAAGAGUUGGGGAUAAAUAAUAAAAGAUAUGCAAAAUUCUCAAAAAAUGAAUAAAAAACAUUUUAAAAACUGAUAAAAAAUCCCUAAAUAAUAUCAUGACCUUCAAAGAAGGAAAGUAUAUUGCUUGGAUGUAUUGUAUGAGAUAAUAAGUAAAAAUAAAAAUAGAAAAAGUAUCAUAAAACACUUGUUUAGCACUUCAGUUUUAGUAGGUAGUAAAAAUACUCCGAUAUGAUUUGACUUAUGAAAUAUAUAUGAGAAUGAUUAUUUGAUAUAAAUAAAUUCUGUAUCAUUUUAUAUAUAGUAUUUGAAUACUGAGCAUCCUUUUGUACUCAUAGAUAAGCCAAGGGAUACCCAUCUUGGGCAGUUUAAUUGUACUCCCUUUCAAAAUAAUUUCCCUACUCACAUUUGUUUACUGCUUAUUCCACCUUCUGGAGGGAUGAAGAGGGUCACAAAAGGCUGCUCACCACGUGUUGUAGAAACUCCUCCUUGAUUGCACAGGGCUAGAAUAUAUAGACCAAAGAGAAGACUCUACCUAUGUGACUAAGAAAAAGUCCUCAUUUCUUCUUGGUAAAGGCUCUCCAAGUAUAGCCUGCUUCAGUUAUAAGGGAGCAACUACAUCCCCACAAGCAAAUCCUAACCUAGACUGUCUUAGGAAGUCAAAUAAAUUUAUUUGUUGCUCAGGAUAAUUUUGGGACCUUAACAGAGUUGGUAGAUGUUGUUUAAAAUGUCUCUCUAUGUGAAGGAAUUAUAGCAAUACUGUCUGGGAAUCAAUAUUCCAUGGACAUCAAGACAUAUAAUUCCCCAGAUCUAUAUUCAUGUCAGAGUCAAUAAUCAUCAAUAUCUGGAACUAUAAAAAAACAGAGAUUGUGUUUAAUGGAUAUAAGAUAACUAAUCUACCUAUUGUACUGAUGAGAGAAAUUGAAAUACAAUGAUUUUCUGUACUUUAUGGCUAAUAUUCACUGAUAAGUGAGUAAAUACCAUGUAUUCUUUUUGGGUCUGCUUACCUUACUCAAGAUGAUAUUUUGUAAUUCCAUCCAUUUGCCUGAAAAAUUAAUGAUGUUCUUGUUUUUAAUAGCUGAGUAGUAUUCUAUUAUAUAAACCUACAUUUUAUAUAUCAAUUUUCCUUAAGUUGAGAGGCAUCUGAGUUGUUUCCUGUCUCGGGUUAUUACAAAUAAAGCUCUAUGAAC